CUGAGACAGAGGAGGAACGAGGUUAAAGUCAGUAAAUUGAUUCCUGAAGAUAAAAACUCGAGAUGGAAGGAAUUGACCUUAAACAUUAUCACGAUGAAGAGUGUGAUCACCAUCUGCUGCUAGAAACGUACGUUGGUCAUGAGAAAACUGAUUCCAAAGAGGAACUGAUGAACAUGCCACUGCAAAAAAUAUUUGAGGUAUUGUCCUCCGGUACCGUGAAAGGAGAAACUCUGAUAGAUCUCACCAUUGCUCCAGCCUUCGGUCAUUUAUUGGUCGCAGCUGAUUUCUUUAAGGAGAUCUUCAUAUUGGACUCAUCAGACAGUUCGCUCAAGGAAACUGAAAAAUGGCUGAAUAAGGAGCCAGGAGCUAUAGACUGGUCUCAUGCAGCUCACUUUUCAUGUGAACUUAAGGGUGUGAGUGAACACUUGGAAGCUGAGGAAGAGAAAGUCAGAAGUAUUGUGAAACGUUGUUUAAAAUGGGAUCCCACCAAUGACAAUCCACUGGGUUCCGUCGUACUGCCUCAAGCAGACUGUGCAGUUAGCGGCUGGUACUUUGACGUCACCUGUAAAGAUCGUGACAGUUAUCGCAACAGCUUUAAAAAAAUCUUAUCUCUUGUGAAGGUGGGAGGUCACCUCAUUCUGUUUGCCGUUUUCAAUGGGACCUAUUAUACAAUUGGUGAUCACAGGUUUUCCUUAUUAAACUAUAAUGAAGAGUUUGUGAAGGAAGUUCUCCUAGACAAUGGGUAUACCACUGUGAUUUGUGAAGUAUUUGAAAGCAAAUUAAACACUGACUUAGUAGAUUAUAAACAGAUUGGGUACAUUGUAGCUCGUAAGGAAAGAGAGAUUUAA